AUGGAUCCCUGUUGUCAGGCUUGUGGAUUCCAAGUUGAGUCGAUAAACCACAUUCUAUUCACCUGUCCCAUUGCUCGUCAGGUAUGGGCUCUUGCGAAUGUACCGGUUCCAGAACAGGGAUUUGACUGGAUCUCCCAUUAUUCCAACUUUCACUACCUCUUCUCCUUAGAGUCCAACAAGACGAUGCCUCAAAGGGUGAUUAAUGUUAUGCCUUGGUUGAUUUGGUUCCUUUGGAAAAAUAGGAACAAUCUUUUGUUUGAAGGUAAACAAUCCAAUUUGAUGGAGAUGAUUGGAAAAACUUUUGAGGAAUCUGAGUUAUGGAGUUUAGCUCAGAUGCAUGAACAGAGGUUAGAAGAGGCUCAAAGGAAGGAAGCAUUGGAAGCGCAGAAAAAGUGGUCUCCUCCUCCCAGAGGUUGGGUGAAGUGCAAUAUUGGAGUAGGUUGGUCAAAUCGUAACCAGGUGGGAGGUGAGGCUUGGGUGAUAAGAGAUCAUAAAGGUAAAGUAUUAUUACACAGCAAAAGAGCCUUUUAUUUGAUAAAGAAUCUACAUGAGGCCAAAUUGAAAGCGCUUGUAUGGGCCAUUGAGAGUAUAGCUGAUCACCACUUUGAUCGAGUGAUAAUUGCUAUAGACGAUGGCGAUCUAAGUCAGAUGAUCUUAAGACCGAAGGCUUAG